GAUAGAGAGAGAGAGAGAGAUAGAGUGAUAGAGAGAUAGAGAGAGAGAGAGAGCUGUAAAACAUUGAUUCAGAGAGAGACAGAGCUUCAGUAAGUCCAUCAUGAAGGUUCACACUGCAGCGCUCAUUCUCAGUUCUUUUCUACACACAGUAUGUGGUCAGACCCCAGUCGUGUCCAUCAGGCCCCAAGCGGCUGCCGUUAUACCCGGCGAGACUGUGAGCUUCAAGUGCCACGUGGUGAGUGGCUCGCAGCCCGUCCAGCUGGAGUGGAAGAAGAUCAGCAAUCAGGAAUUGGGAGAUAAUGUUAAUAUUGGAUCUGAUGGGGCUGUUCUGACUAUUACCAAUGUCCGUCUCAAUAACCAGGGUGAAUACCGCUGCAUUGCAAAAAAUGCACAUGGAAAAGUAACUGUCACUGCCUCCUUGUCCAUCAAACAGCCUCCAAAGGUUCUAGUGAAGCCAUCCAGCCCACUGAUUGUCAGAGUGGGUGAGACUGCAUCCCUAGAAUGCAAAACCUCAUACCCCUCCGUCAGCUGGUACAAAGAGGAAGGAGGAAGUGAGACAGCGCUUGAUUCCAUCAUGACAGCAGAAACCACAGCUCUGCUGCAGGUGACUGUGAAGACAGCAGAAGAUGCUGGGAUAUUUGUGUGUCGUGCUCAGAGCAGGAACGGGCUUGCUGAGGAGAGGGUGGAGCUUAAGCUGGCUGUAAUGGCUCCUCAGGCCUCAGUAAACAAUACAGAUCUCACAGGCAUCGAGGGCCAUACGGUGACCAUGCACUGCCAUGCUAGUGGAUACCCCACUCCAGUCAUUUCCUGGUCUAAACUGCGAGCGCCGUUGCCAUGGCAGCACAAGGUGACCGGAGGAAGUCUUAUUCUUAGUAACUUGGGACGGCAAGAUUCAGGCCAGUACAUCUGUAAUGCCACGAAUGCCCUGGGAUUCAGCGAGGCGUACGUGCAGUUGGAGGUGGAUUCCCCUCCCUACGCCACCACACUGAUGGAUGAGAUAGUCGCGCGCCGAGGUGAGGCCGUGCGUCUGCAGUGUCUCGCUCACGGCAGUCAUCCAAUCCGCUACCGCUGGACACGUGUGGGCGGGGCAGCCAUGUCCACGAGGGCGGAGACCACCAAAGACGGCUUGUUGAAGAUUAGUCAGCUGAAAGUAAGGGACAGCGGAACAUAUAAGUGUGUGGCGACCAACCACGUGGGCUCCAGUGAAGCUUUAACCAAAGUCACUGUGAUGGGUGGGUGAAAAUUAAAAUUCAUUUGAAAUAUAAGCUCCAAAAUAAUAUGAUUUUGGAAAUCACUAGCAUUUUCAGAUGUUACUUUAGAUUUUUUUUUUUGCCAUCUCUUCCUAACCGCUUAAUUACGGCCAUCUUCAACAGUCUGAUGUUGAUGGUAAAUAUCUGUACAUUAAUUAUGAGGUCACAAUAACCUCUUAUUAAAAUAACCAGACCUGGAAGAAAAUGAUGUCCAGUUUUGCUAAGAUGUUCAGAACAUCAGGAAAGGAAUAUUUCGCUUUGUCUUGUUUUCUGUUAUUUUAAACGGUUCUAAAAUGGAACAGUGGAUAAAAUGAGUUCUCUGUCAAAUAAACAGAUAGUAAAGCUGACCAUCAGCGGACGGUGUGUUUACAGUGCGUUUACUGGGAGGAUCUGAAUCUGUCUGCUUACAAUGAGUUAUUCAUACAAGAGAUAAACAUUUUACAUUGAAUUUCCACAACAAAUCCACUACAUAAGAUUCCAGAGGAAGUCUGUGUGUUAUAAAUAAACAGAGUAUGAACCCAGAAUAUUCCUUUAAGAAGUACAACAUAGACGACCAAACAGAUGCUGUGUCUAAAUAAUAAAUAAUCAAAAUAAUGUUCUUUGGAGUCUGUACAUUUAACAAUUUGAUCUUAUUAAAUAGUUGAGAAAAAUGAUAAACGAUAGAAUGUAAAAAUUGAUCAUUGGCAUUUAUUGAAAUCAUAUUUUUUACCAGCUACUCGUUCUGUUUGUGAUGCUGUUCAUGUAGAACAUUUAAGAAGGAUUUGAAGUAGCUGCACUUUAUCACCACUCAAUGGAGACGCAGUCAGACACCGAGAGCACAAAUCGAGCUUUAAAGAGUUUCAGUGGUAGGCAUUGGCUUGCCAACCGCAUGUCAUUACCUCAAUCAGCUUAACCUCAAAUUUGAAAAUAUAUUUGAGUUCAAAUCAAACAAAUUUUGAAACCGCACUGAUGUAUCCAACAUCCUUGACAGUUCAUAAACUCUUUGAUAUGUUAUUGUGGUUGAAAUAUUGGAUAAGACACUCACCAUUAUGUGUUCAAAUGUCCCCCACAGAGAUAAUUAUAUCACAUGGUGCUGAUCACAUGGUUUUGGGAUACACCUUUUUUUAGUUGCAUGGGGGUGUUUAUUUAGAAACGUAGAUAUUUUCUUUAUUAAACUUUCAAACUCAAACAUGUGCUUAGAUUUGAAAAAUAAAUAAAAUAUAGUGUAAAGAAGUCAAUGGAAAGGAGGAGGCGAGAACCGGCUGUCAAUGUAAAUAAUAUUUUUUAUAUAAAACUUAAACACACACACACACACACACACACACACACACACACACACACACACACACACACACACGUCCGUAAACGAUCUCUCUCUCCCGCACCACCCUCCGCAGUCGGCCUUUAUCCCUCUCGGAGGCUUGAUUAGCCUGAUAAGGGACCGGCUGUGUAUGAUCACGACCCGGCCCCGCCCUUCGACCCUGCCACAUUAGAUAAUGUUGACUUACAUUUAUUCAUUAUUUUGGGCUGAAGAACCACUCACUUAAAAAACUGUCAAUUAAGAAACUUGGGGUGAUAUUAUAACAUGCUUUCCCUUAACGGAUAUUUAUGAAGAGAAUUGUUAGAAAAAGUAUGAUUAACAUCAAUGGAUAUUUAAUGUACCCUAAAUGAUAGAAUAAAGAUGUAUUUAAGAUUAAGAAUUGGAAAAUAUGUCCAAGUUCAAAACAUUUCCAAAGGUCUACUGUGUUGUUUCCUCUGUGGCAGAUUGCCUGAGAUCAUCAUUUAAAGAGUGCAAAUAAAAAAGGGGAUUGUUAAUAAUUCACUCUUAACUGAUAGACAAUUGAGAAAUG